AUGCCGGUCCCCCCGCCUCCUCCUCCAGGGGCACCCCCUCCUCCUACAUUUUCACAGGCAAAUACAGAAAAACCCUCUUUAUCUAAAUGUGAGCAAUCAGGAAGAAGUGCUCUGUUGUGUGAUAUUUCAAAAGGAAAAAGGCUCAAGAAGACAGUCACCAAUGACAGAAGCGGGCCAGUCCUUGACAAACCCAAAACAUCUCCUGGAGGCGGCGGAAUGGGUGGUGGUUGUGGUGGUGGUGGCAGUGGUGGUGGCAGUGGUGGUGGAGGAAUGGGAGGAGGUGGAGGAGGCUUUGGAGGACCUCCUGGGUUAGGUGGCUUGUUUCACGGAGGAAUGCCAAAGCUACGAUCAUCAGGAAGCAGAGAAAAUGAUUCAGUGGGAAGCAGACCACAAAUGUUGCCUCCUGGUGGAAGAACAACCACUCCUAGACCUUUUGUCCCACCAAGUGCAUCUCCAAGAGGCCCUCCACCUCAACUGGGCAUAAGAAGCAGUGCCCCAGAACUACAGAGAAACCGCAUGCCACCUCCUCCAAGGAACGAUUUUAGUCCAAGAUCAGAAAAUGCACCACCUUUAGUCCCUAAUACACCGAGACCCAUGCCAUCAAGUCUUUACAACAGAGGCCCUCCACCAGUCCCUGCUGGAAACAGGCAAAUGACCGCAGGAUUUGCUCCUUCACCUUUUUCUUUAAAUAAAAGUCCUGGAUUUGGUGGUAACAGCAGAACAUCUCCAUCAAUGCCUCCACAACUGCCUUCUAUGAACAAGCCAUCACUUUCUCAAACACCUAGUCGUUCCAUGGAUGACAGACCACCACCUCCUCCAACACCAACAGGAAAUAGACCUCCACUUGGAAGAGAUGGACCCCCAGCUCCCCCACCUCAAAACAAUAAGCCACCAGUUCCCUCCACACCUAGACCCAUUUCAUCUAGCCAGGGACCUCCUCUGCCACCAGGCCGCCCUGGACCUCCACCACUUCCUCCUACCCCUUCCAGUUCUGAAGAUAUGCCAAGACCCCCUCAACGAAAUCCUUCUUUUUCAUCCUUACCUGCUCCACCUCCACCUGCUGCGCUCUCUAAUCGUUCUGGUCCACCCCCACCACCAUCUAGAGAUCCACCUCCAAGAACUGGACAACUUCCUCCACCUCCUCCUUCUAACAGAAAUGGAUUUACUCAUAGAGGAUCAAUACCCCAGCCUCCGAUGAAACCUGGAGCAGAAUCCCCCAGAACUGGCUCCAGACCACCACCACCUCCAGAACGACCAGGCUUAGGGCCUCUGCCCCCUCCACCACCUUCUUCAUCUGUGAGAAAUGGUUAUCAAGAUUCAUCUAAUGAAGAUGAAUGGGAACGACGAUUUUCAUUCCGCCCAUUUACUGAUCUGCCACCACCGGAACCUUACAUACCGAUGAACAAGUCUUACCCCAGUAAACUCAUGAGAAAUGAUAGCCGAAGUGGUUCCAGAAGAGAGAGAGGUGCCCCUCCUUUGCCUCCAAUACCCAGGUGA